GCGACGGCGGAGCAAUCUCCGCCUUUCUCGCGACUGCGCUCGAGGCUCCUCUGACGGUCGGUCUCCCUCCUGACGCUGCUGCUUUAAGCGUUUGCAAUUUCCGAUCAAAAUGGCCGCAGAGAAGGAAAGUACAGAUCUGAAUCCUCCACUACGGCAGCCAAGUGGAGCUCGUGGAAAGCCUAUCUGCCUCAACACCAAUUAUUUCCCUAUCAAAACAAAAGCUGAAGUCAACCUGGCACAGUAUGAGGUUUCUAUUAAGCAAGAUACCAGGAGCGAUAUAAAGAUCGGGAAGAAACAAAAUAUGAAAAUUUUUGAGAAGAUGAAGAAAAGGAACCGAGACGUUUUCUCCUCAAACCCUAUGGCAUUUGAUGGCUUUAAGAAGGCCUACAGUGUUGAAGUUCUCCCAUAUCUUAAGGAUAAGAAGACCAAAACAUUUAAGGUCAAUCAUGAGUUGGAGGAAGGUGAUGGCGAUCCUGUGUCCUUCACUGUCCAGAUUUGUCUAAACAUGACCAAAAGACUUAGGGAACUAAUGGAAUCUCUCAAGUGCACUGAUAUGCAUAAAAAUAUUCAAGUUACGAUAUUUCGGAUGUUGGAUACAAUGCUACGUUACCGUCGAUUGCUCAAAUACGAAACGGUCGGAAAGAAAAGGUAUUUCUUAUUCAAUAGAGAGAUCAACCGUCCGAUUGACAUUGGACCAGCUGUGCAAGGAGUUACCGGGUUCUUCAGUUCAAUGAAAGCCAGUGCUCACGGAAAAGGAUCAAUCAUGAUUAACAUAGACCUGGCUCAUUCCGCUUUCUACAAGGAACAACCUUUGUUGGAUUUCAUAAAGAAUGUUCUACAUGUGGAAAGGAAUGACCUGGUUGCACCGCUAGACAUCGAACUGAGGAAGAGAUUGAAAUGUGGGCUUGCAGAUUUGAGAGUUGAGACGACACACACACCUCGCACCUAUAGGAUUAUUGGUCUUGGUAUGUAUGGGUCGAAUCGUCAAAUGUUUCCAUGGAAUAAUAGUGAGAGUGGCAAGAUUGUGCAACGCACUGUUCAAGAUUAUUUCGAGAAGGAGUAUAAGAAACCAAUCAAAUACCCUAGACUCAUCUGUAUACAGGCAUUUCCCAAGGAAAAGAACAUCUAUCUACCAUUAGAGUAUUGUGUCGUCGCACGUGGCCAGCGUUCAGUUGGAAACCUCAGCAACAGAGAAGCAGGAAACUUUAUCCGCUCGUCCGCAAUUCCACCGGGAGAGCGUCUUGAACAAAUUAAAAGCAUUUACAAUGACAAUGAGUUUGCAAAUGAUGAGAUGAUUGCAAGCCUGAAGUUUGAAAUGGCAAAAUCUCCUUUUACCGUUACCGGACGUAUUUUAUCGCCGCCUAAACUGAGGAUGGGACAAGAAGUCCAGCCUAAAACAGGAGAAUGGGACACUCGUGGAGAGAAAUUUUAUAUUGGAGCAGUAGUGAAUACAUGGGCUGUCAUAAACUACACCAAUACAUGGGAAGGAGCUCUAGAAAGAUAUAUACGCAACCUACGCUCUCUCGGAAAUCGAAAAGGCAUGGUCUUUAAAUCACCGGUCAGAGUAACGAAAGGGAUUAGAGAGAAUGUGACACAGCAGUUUCAGAAUCUGAAGAAAAAAUUCCCUGAAAUUCAGAUGAUACUUGUAGUGCUGAAAGAAGCAGAUUCACUAUAUUCCCGCAUUAAAACCGUGGGAGACUUAGAGAUCAGUGUCAUUACCCAGUGUGUGAAGCAGAGGUGUAUGGAAGAAUGCAGAUUCGUAACUAUUGGCAACCUACUCUUCAAGAUAAACGCCAAGAUGGGGGGCAUCAACUAUAUCUGGAGUCGCAAAUCAAAACUGAUGGAAAAACGUCUGAUGGUAAUGGGCGCAGAUGUCAAUCACCCGUCGGCUGGGGAUGCCAGGACACCCUCCAUGGCAGCUGUAGUUGCUUCCAUUGAUAAGGAUGUUAGUAAAUACGCCGUCGAAGUGAGGCCUCAGAAACAUCGAAACGAGAUCAUACAAGACUUCAAGGAAAUUACAAAGAACCUUCUGAAAUCGUUCUGCGUAGCCGCAAACAACCGUAAACCACAACACAUUAUCGUCUAUCGAGAUGGUGUAAGUAACAGUCAGUUCAAUCAGGUUCUUCAGCACGAGUUUCUAGCGAUUCGUGAAGCAUGUAAAGAACUAGGGGAAACGUACACACCUGCAAUUACUUUUCUUGUGGUGAUGAAACGUCACCACACAAGAUUUUUUCCAGUAGAUGAAAUAGGGAAGAAUAUUCCUCCAGGCACUGUUGUUGACUCUGGAAUUACACAUCCCAUUGAGAGAGAUUUCUACUUGUGCUCCCAUCACGGAAUCAAAGGCACAAGCAGACCAACCCAUUAUCAUGUGCUGUGGGAUGACAAUAAUCUGACCAUGGAUCAGUUGCAAGAAUUUACAUAUAAUAUGUGCCAUGUAUACUCAAGAUGUAGCAAGUCUGUAUCUUUGCCUGCGCCAGUUGCGUAUGCACAUUUAGCAGCUUUUCGGGCCAAGGUUCAUGCUACGGAGGUAAAUAUACAAGAGAGUGAACUAAAGCACAUCAAGAUGAAUAGAGAGAAGGAAUUAUCCAAUAAACUUUAUUAUAUAUAGAAACAUUAUUUUUUAUUUUAAGAUGGAUUUUAAAGAGGAUACAUUUUCAAUCAUUCAUGAAGGAUUUCAAGCAAAAUAAAAGUAUUUGCAAUUUUGUUUUUUGGAACACAUUCAACUGUUCAAGGAGCAACUUUUUUAUAUAUGAAUAUAUGUUAUGUGCAUAUAAGAGAAACUCGUGAUAGGCUUAUAUGAUUGAUAUUUUUUUCCUUAUUUAUUACUAUUUUGUAAUAUUAGUGAUUUGACAAAUUCUGAAAAUAUAAUGGAAAUAUGA